AUGGCUGGUAUAUGGAAGAUUCGUUGUUUAAGCAGAUUGGGUCAUUGGAAGCCAGUCUGGCAUUCUCUAAAUGUACACAGAUACUCCACAGGUACACAGGCAUCCGAAAAUAUCAAUUGGUAUUGCUCCGAUAUCGUGAAGCUUAGAGGAUCUGAAUUCCAAGGAAGACACAUACAAGUGCACAGUGAACAAGAGGUUAAGGAAGCACUCAAACUAUUUGCACAAGAGCACAAACGGGUCAUGAAGAAGGCUUCACAUCCUGCCAUAUAUGCCUGGAGAACAGGCGAGAAGGUGGAAUUGUCAGAGGAAGAAAUCCUUCAAAACACAUUAAAUCCUGACUCCAAGCAGUUGAAGAAGAAGAAAAAGGGAAUAGAACCAUCCAAGUUGCAUAAAUACAUCAAUGUGUCCCAAGGAGUUGAAGACGGCGGUGAACGGCGUUCGGGGCAGGAUUUGUUCAGACGAGUCAUUCAACGAUAUGAGCUCUAUAAUGUUCUAGUGAUCGUUUCCAGGUGGAUGAGAGGCAGUACUAUAGGUCCUAGCCGAUUCAAGUGCAUUGGAGAUGCUGGAACCGAUAGUGUUAGGAAAGGAGGGUUGAUACUGUGA